CGCGGCCGCGCAUCCGGCUCUGCUUGCCUUUGCGUCCGUUAGCCAAAGCUCGAUCCAAAAGCCAGCUAUCAGCCAUGGGCAACUGCCUGAACACGGCCUCGAAGCGGAGCCACCAUGGGAUGCUGCUGCCGGAGGAGGAAGAGAGCCUCUCGGAGAUGAGGAGGAUAAGCCAGCUGCUGCGGGAGGAGCAGGAGGAGGGCAGCUACGACUACGAGGUGGCGGCCGGUAUGCACUACUCAUCAGAGCAGCAGCAGCAGGUGGAGGAGGAGGAAGAGGAGGUGGUGGCCGUGGCUCCCGCGGUGGCGGCGGAGGGCCUCAAGGUGAAGAUCGUGCUGACGCGCGGGGAGCUGGAGUGGCUCAUGGCGCAGCUCAAGAGCGGCGAGCAGCGCCUCGAGGACGUGCUCGAGCACAUGCAGGCCGCCAAGGGCGUCGGCGGCGGCGGCGGCGGCUCCUGCGACAAGGCCGGCUGGCGGCCGCGCCUCGAGAGCAUCCUCGAGUGCCCGGAGACCCAAAGCUGCUGAGAUCGGACGGAGCAUGUUCGUUCUCUCCUUGAAUUCAGAUCUUGUCCGCGCGUGUAGGUUUGUCUUUGUCACUUGCUUGCUGCUUGGAAGUUGGAAUGGAUCGAUGGAUCGGAGUCAUGGAGAGGCUUAAAUUCCUGUGGGUUUUUUUUACAAGGGAGUAGCCUUGUUACAACUCUGCUACUGGCCUAACUCUACUAGGCUGGAGGGACGAUGAUCCAUCAGAUGCAUGGACUGUGUUAAUUACUCUGUAGAUCGAGCUCUUAAUUAAUUAGAUCCCUUGUGCAGUGCAGCUCCAUCAAUUGGUAGCAUCUUCUUUGGCUUUUGCCUUUUUGCGCUUUUGCUCUGCUUUAUCCUUAUCAUUAUCUAUACUAGAGUGAGUAGUAGUAGCUCUUUUGUAAAUAGCGGUGAGAGUGAGUAGAUGGCAACUAAAGCCCUCCGUGUCGUCUUGUCUCUGCUGUCUGUAAUCUCCUCCGACCAGGCCCUGAAUCUGGUUCUUCCUAACUUCCCUGCUUGCUUUCGAGCUGUAAGUAGCUGUCAAGACUUGGGACAGUGCUUCACUUUAAUUUGGAACCGUGAGUAACAUUGUAAUGAAGAUUAAUUUGGUGUGCUCCAUGUGCUAUUAUGACUGUUC